AGAGGAAAGAAAAAAAAACCAGCCACAGCAGAGCUUCAGCUGCCGGCAAAGGUUGGCUUGCCACCUGGGGGAACUGGGGCAGGAACUGCAGCCGCUGCCCAGGAGGUGCCAAGAGGCCCUCGGUGCCCAGCCAGGGAGGUGCCUGCUACAGAGAGACCCACAGUCAGCUACCAGCACGCAGGACAAGCCCUCCUGGGUCAGGAGCCAUGGCGUGGCCCGCUCCCUGCUGGCUGUGCGUGCUGGGGGCACUGGCAAGCCUUUCAGCAACAACAGCCCUGGACGGCUGUCCAGAGGGACAAUACCGGGCCCAAGGACAACAGUGCUGCCGGAUGUGUGAGCCAGGCACGUUCUUGGUGAAGGACUGUGAGGAACACACACAGGCCACGCAAUGUAAGCCAUGCAUCCCCGGGGUCUCCUUCUCUCCGGACCACCACAGCCGGCCCCACUGUGAGAGCUGCCGCCACUGCAACUCUGGUCUUCUCAUCCAUAACUGCACCAUCACCACCAAUGCCAAGUGCACCUGCCCCAGUGGCUGGCAGUGCAGGGACAAAGAGUGCACUGAGUGUGAUCCUCCCACACACGGCUCACUGACCACCCAGCCUUCUCGGGACCCAGGCCCACAACAGACCACUCACUUACCUUACGCCGAAAGGACGCCAGAGGCCAGGGUAGACAGGCCUGGGCAGACUCCAGCUGACCUCCGGCAGCUGCCUGCUCCAGAUGUUCCAAGCCACCAGCCAGCACACAGGUCCCCUUGCAGUUCAGACUGCGUUCACAUUGCUGUCAUCUUCUCCGGAAUGUUUCUUGUUUUCACCGUGGGUGCAACCCUGCUUCUCCAUCAACAGAGAAAAUACGGUUCAAACAAAGGAGAGGGCGCAGUGGUACCUGCCGAGCCUGGAACCUACAGCUGCCCCAGGGAGGAGGAGGGCAGUGCCAUCCCUAUCCAAGAGGAUUACCGGAAACCAGAGCCUGCUUAUUACCCCUGAGCCUGCACUGGGGUGCAGGUGGGUGGCAAGAGGGGACAUGAGGGGGGCAGUAGGCUGCUCAUCACUGCAAGGAAACCCUCACCCCCACCCCACCACCACA